AUGAGCAACCAGUGCCUAGUUGUAACUAGCCAGAAUGUCCUGUUGCCCGGUUCAGAUGAGCCGCAGGCAGCAACGAUCACGGUGAACAUCGGCACAGGUAAGAUCACAGACAUCCAAACGGUGUAUACAGAACGAAGUCCGGGUGAAGAGACGACGUUCAUUGAUGCGGGAGAAAAGUUUGUUCUUCCCGGACUAGUCGAUGCUCACGUUCAUUUAAAUGAGCCUGGCCGAACGGACUGGGAGGGUUUUUGGACCGGUACGCGAGCGGCUGUGGGAGGCGGAAUCACCACGGUCGUGGAUAUGCCGUUAAACUCUAUACCACCUACAACCACUUUACGGAACCUUGAGAUCAAGCGACAAACCGCCGAAGGCCAAUGCUGGUCCGAUGUUGGUUUUUGGGGUGGAGUUAUUCCAGGCAACCAGGCAGACCUGAAACCAUUGGUGGCAGCUGGAGUCAAAGGAUUUAAGUGCUUUUUGAUCGAAAGUGGCGUCGAGGAAUUCCCUUGCGUCCUCGAACAUGAUCUCCAUGAACAUAUGCAAGAACUCCAGGAUCAAUCGACUGUCCUUCUGUUCCAUGCAGAGCUUGAGGGCGACUCCUCAGUGCAAAACCAUGAGGACCACGAUCCAACAGCAUACCAGACGUUCCUCUCCUCUCGCCCUCAAGAGCUUGAAGUUAACGCGAUCUCUCUGAUUACCCGUUUGCAAGAGAAGUACAACUCCCUUCGUUGUCACAUCGUCCACCUAUCUGCGUCUUCCGCCCUUCCUAUCAUCCGUGCUGCGCGUUCUCGCGGGUUGAAUCUGACGGUGGAAACGUGCUUCCAUUAUUUGUGUCUCUCAGCGGACAGCAUACCAAACGGUCGACCCGAAUUUAAGUGCUGCCCACCUAUUCGUUCCGAAUCAAACCGAGAUGCAUUGUGGGAUGCAUUGAUAGACGGAACAAUCGACUGUGUGGUGUCUGAUCACAGUCCAUGCGUUGCGGAGUUGAAGAAAUUUGAGGAGGGGAAUAUAAUGACCGCCUGGGGAGGCAUUAACAGUCUCGGCUUUGGCCUUAGCCUUCUAUGGACAGAAAGCCGAAGGAGGGGCGUGAGCCUUGGUCAGAUCAUUCGCUGGACAAGCGAACAAACUGCGAAACAUGCUGGGCUUUCAUCGUCUAAAGGCCAGCUAUCAGUGGGGCAUGACGGCGACCUCGUCAUUUGGGACCCUGCAGCCGAGUUCAAGGUGUCGAAGGAACACUUUCACUUCAAGAACAAAUUCUCCGCAUUUGAAGGGAUGGUGCUAAAUGGAGUUGUGCAGCAAACAUUUUUGCGGGGCCGUGUGGCUUACGAUAGGACGCAGAACGGCUUUGAAGGCAUUACUCCCAUCGGCAAGUUCUUGUGA